AUGGACGGUAUUGAUCAUAUAGAGCUCAUAACACGACUUCAGGCUCAACUGGAACAGCAGACCCAGAUGAUUCGUCAGCAACAGGAGGCACAUCAGAAACUCGUUGCAGAAAUUGCCCAACUUAAAGAAAGACGACCGGAGACGACAGAAGACAAUAGCCACACUGGCAAUCACAAUCAUGGCCACCACAACGGCCGAAAUAAUCACCACCAUGAUGAUAGCGGUCCUCCUCCACGAUCACCUGAAUUGCUACCAUUCACUGAAGAGAUUAUGCAAGCCAUAAUGCCCGACCGACCACCCCCUCAAAUUGAAAAUUUUGACGGAACAACAGAUCCAGAACACCAUCUCCGAAAUUUCAUCGACUCCAUGGCUUUCUACUCCAACAGCGAUCCGGUCAAAUGCAGGGCCUUCUCCCUAUCUCUCAAAGACGAAGCCCUAGAAUGGUAUUAUACUCUUCCUCCAAACUCUGUCGACAAUUUUCACACUGUCACCACACUUUUCAAGAGACAAUUCUCUGCCAACCGGAGGGAAAGGGUGUCCGCUACCGAACUCGUCAAUCUCAAACAAGGGAGAGAUGAACCGCUGAGGACAUUCAUGCGUAGAUACUCGGAGACCGCCAGGAGAGUGAAAGGCGUCUCCCAUGAGUUCAUUAUCAGCAACCUUCCCAACUGCCUCAAGCCAGGGUUUGUCUCGGAAAAUUUAUAUGCCAAAUUGCCGAAAACUAUGGAAGAACCACAAGAAAAUAUGACCAAAUUCAUCAAAAUGGAGGACCAACGACAGUACUGGAAGAAGAUCGAAGCUCCGGUCACAGAUGCUAAACGUGAUGAUAGACGAACAGGUGACAGGGGUCGUAAUCAAAGGCCCUUUCGAAGAGAACUAAAAGCCCCGCUCGGUCCUCGAUACGACCACUAUACACACCUUACUGCUCCAAGGGAAAAGGUGUUCGACAAAGCCUUCCAAGCCAACCUAAUCACCAUUCACAGAAGGCGUACGCCUAGAGAUGCGGACGCGUCCAAGAUAUGUCGGUUUCAUGAUAACCAAGGACAUUCCACUGAAGGCUGCCAAGAACUUAAAGAUGAGAUAGAAAGAUUAGUCCGUGCGGGGUACCUGCAAGAAUUUGUUAAAGCAGAGACAAGCCAACGGGGAUGUUCCCCCCUACGGGGACGCUUCCCCAGAAAAUUCAAGAGAAGUCCCGAGCCUUCGCGCCGAAAACCCGAACGCCCUCGUGAACGUUCGAGAAGCAGAUCCAGAAAGCGAGACACGACCCCAAAGGGCCAUAUUGACACCAUCUCAGGAGGUUUUGCCGGGGGAGGAGCCUCAUCUUCGGCUCGCAAGAGACACUUGCGGAACUUACGUAGCGUCCACACAAUAGCUCGGAACCCUUUGUCAAUGUCGGACAUCACCUUUACCGACAGGGAUUUUCACGCCCCGGACCCGGAACAAGAUGAUCCUAUGGUCAUUACGGCCCGAAUUGCGGAGUAUGAUGUGAGCAAAGUCCUAAUCGACCAAGGAAGUUCUGUCAAUAUUCUAUAUUGGACAACAUUCCAGAAGAUGGCCCUGGCAGAGGAGGCCAUAACACCCUUUCAUGAGCAGAUUGUCGGUUUUGCAGGAGAACGCGUUGACACCCGGGGAUACCUCGACCUGAGGACCCGCCUAGGUACCGGUGACCAAUCCAAAAAAAUCUGUGUGCGCUUCUUGUUAGUGGAAGCCAAUACUUCAUACAAUGCUAUUCUCGGACGUCCAUGCCUGAACGCCUUCGGAGCGAUUGUAUCAACUCCUCAUUUGGCGAUGAAGUUCCCGUCCGGAAAAGGUGAAAUAUGCACCGUUCGAGUCAGAAAACCGCUCGGCAAUGUUACACAGCCUCCUUAA